AUGCUUGAAACUAAUCAUGAUACUAUUACUCUUGCAUUCACAUAACCUUAAAACAAAUGCUCAAUUGGCGUAGGUGCUAUCAUUAGGAAGAAUAAUCAAAUCUUAUUAGUCUAAGAAGCAAAUGGACCAGUUAGAUAUUCCUGGGCGUUUCCUGCUGGGUUACUUUAAGAAAAUGAAACAAUUCAAGCUGGGAUAAAAAGAGAAAUCUAGGAGGAGAUAGGAGUAAAUUCCCAGUUUAAAUCAAUCAUCUUUUUUGGUUAAUAGCCAUCAUCUAGAUGGAGCAAAUAAGAUUUCUAUUUUGGAUGCGAAGUAGAAAUAUUAAAGGAAGAAUUCAAUAUAUGUAAAAAUGAGUUACUAGAUUGUAAAUGGUGGAAUAUUGAUCAAGUUCAUCAACUAGCUUUAACACCAAUAACCAGAAUUGGUUUGCCAUUUAUAUUAUGA